GUCGCGUCAGUGUUGAAAUUCCUGUAAAAAUGUAAGAUCGUGAAACUACAGAAAACUACAAAACACUCAAAUCCGACUCCAAAUUCCCGAACAAUAUGCAACUUUUCGAGCACACCAUGGCUAUUUUACGUGACACCAAUAACAUCACCACUAUACCAGCAUCUUCACACAUUGAGAUGAAGGAGAAGAGGUCUUCGAACGCAUCGCUGAUGAUGAAUCCUGUGGCCAGUGGAGACAACAUGGCACUCGAUAUCAAUCUGGCGCAAAAGAUAGAAGAACUCCCUCCGCUGGUGCCGUGCUGCGAAGGAAGGGAACUGCAGAUAAACGAAGAGAUAGUACGCAGCGGUCUGUCAGCUAUAUCCGUGAAGCACGACAGCGUCAUCCACUGCAUGAGCAUGUCGUGCGCGUGUGAGAGGAUGCAGGUGCCGCCAGGACUUGUUAAGCAUCGCAACUCGUUCAGAAGCCUCCACAGGCCGGAUCUCAAGCGAGUGCCGUAUUUGCGACGGAUGACUCCCGAUGAAUUGGAAACGCUGUUCCGUGGCUACGCCGAAUUUCACUUGAAAACUAGCCUCAAGAUAAGAAAUGAUCCUAAGGAAGAUGUAACGCAAACAUUGCCACCAGAUGAAAAACUUAAAAAAGAAGUUAAAGAAGCACCAACUAUUGGUCAAAACGAUGCAGUGGUACACUCGAGCGUUGCGCGUCGCGGCGCGGAGGACGUGCCGGCGGGCAAGCGGCUGCACGGCGCGCGCGCCCGCCUCUACACCUCCGUGCUCGCUAGCGCCACGCCCGGCGACCAGCUCGACAACGCAUCCGCGCCUGACGAGUACGAUUCUACAGUUCCCGACGAGCCGCUCCCCGAAGACGAUAUUAUAUUGAACGAGGAGCUGCAGAUCAUUCUACCGCCGCGGCCCGAUGACGUCACCGCGGACCCCUCCCUCACAGCCUCCAUGCAAAACCAAUGAAACUAACCCGAAAACGACUCAAAGCCACCAAACUCUACCACUACUCAAGAAAAACCUUCAUCAAACUGCUCAUGUACCUAGAUUGGAUCAUUAACGAUCUCUUUAAAAAGAAAUAAAUAAAAACAACCAGUCAA